AUGGGAAACUGUAUUAUCAAAGAAUCAUCCACACAAUGGGGAGGGGAUGAUUGGGGCUCUCCCCCGCCGGUGCCAUCAGAGGCCAAGAAAACCGUGUUUUCUUCUAGUGGGGUUGGCCAAGACAACAAGUUGUAUGCGAAGCCAAUGAAAACAGAGGAGGAGAGUUUUCAUGGAGGAAAGAAGGGGGCUAAAUCUCUUCCUUCUUCUGCCACAGCAGGGGCGGAGGUGAAGAUCAAGAUCACGAAGAAGCAAUUGGAGGAACUUCUGAGUAAGGUGGAUGUACAAGGGAAAACGGUGAAAGAGGCUUUAGCACUGUUGCUCAACCUUGGUGACGGAAAUGAGACACAUCCAAGGUCCUGGAGGCCUGCCUUGCAAAGCAUACCAGAAGCUGAGAUGUAA